AUGGAGAGUGGGGGCAGAGGAUCACUUUUUGAAGAAUCGAAUAUUCCUGGUGCUGGAAACCCAAAAGAAAAUGGCGUAACUGAUGUGUUGCUGACUCCUGGGUCCCAGGAAUCGCUGAUCAGGGAUAUGGCUGAGGCUCUCACCCACUGGGGGCAGCUGAAGCCUCCUCAGGGAGAUGUGCCUGAGAAGCACAGGAAUCUGGUCUUGCUGGGGCUUCCAAUUUCCAAGCCUGAUGUGAUCUCUCAGUUGGAGCAUGGGGAGGAGCUGGAGAGAGAAGUCUCAGAAGCAGCCAGUCCAGAAAGAGACCAUAAUCGUGAUUCAUUGAAAAAAAACUUAAAACAAAAUUCAGAUAUAAUUAGGCAUGAGAGAAUUUGUGCAGGAAAGAAACCUUGGAAGUGUAAUGAGUGUGAGAAAGCCUUUAGUUACUACUCAGCUUUUGUCUUGCAUCAGAGAAUUCAUACAGGAGAAAAACCCUACAAGUGUAAUGAUUGUGGUAAAGCCUUUAGCCAGAGCAUACACCUUACUCUGCAUCAGAGAAUUCAUACUGGAGAGAAACCCUACAAGUGUCAUGAAUGUGGGAAGGCCUUCAGCCACCGCUCAGCCCUUAUUCGGCAUCAACAUAUUCAUACUGGAGAGAAGCCUUAUGAAUGCAACGAAUGUGGGAAGGCCUUUAAUCAAAGUUCAUACCUCACUCAACCACGAAUUCACACUGGAGAGAAACCUUAUGAGUGUAAUGAAUGUGGGAAGGCUUUCAGCCAAAGUACAUUCCUCACUCAACAUCAGGUCAUUCACACUGGAGAGAAACCUUACAAGUGUAACGAGUGUGGCAAAGCCUUUAGCGACCGUUCAGGCCUUAUUCAGCACCAGAGAACUCAUACUGGAGAGGCUUAUGAGUGUAAUGAGUGUGGGAAAGCCUUUGGCUACUGUUCAGCCCUGACUCAGCACCAGAGAACUCAUACUGGAGAGAAACCCUAUAAGUGCAGUGAUUGUGCAAAGCCUUCAGUGACCGCUCAGCCCUUAUUUCGUCAUCAAGAAACACACACUGGAGAGAAACCUUAUAAAUGUAAGGACUGUGGGAAGCUUUCAGCCAGAGCUCAUCCCUUACAAAAGCAUAGAAGGACUCACACUGGAGAAAAACCCUACAAGUGUAAGGAAUGUGGAAAAGCCUUCAGCCAGAGUUCAUCUCUUUCUCAGCAUCAGAAAACUCAUGCUGGAGGGAAAAUCAAGGAAUAUGGACAAGCCUGUAGUGAGUAUUCAGCCUUUGGCCAACAAAAGAGAAUCCACACUGGAUAA